AGGCUCUAUAUACCAGAAUCUUGGGGCCCGUCCUGUGCCCGCACAGUUAAGAUCACAUAACUAAUGUUAAGUCCCUUUUGUUAUUUACAACCAUUUCCCCCCAGGGGUCUUCAAGACUUUACUUUGGAUGGAAAUGAGAGCGAGUCUAUCUAGAGUUCUAGCUAGCACCCCAGGGCUCUGAUCCACAGGAAGUGGUCAGUGCUGGUCAGUGCUGCUCUGAGUCACAGCUUCCCUUCCAGGUGCUGGUGAAUCCGGGAAGAGCACCAUUGUCAAGCAGAUGAAGAUUAUCCACCAGGAUGGUUAUUCACUGGAAGAAUGCCUCGAGUUCAUAGCCAUCAUCUAUGGCAACACUCUGCAGUCCAUCCUGGCCAUCGUUCGGGCUAUGACGACGCUCAACAUUCAGUAUGGAGAUUCGGCCCGACAGGAUGAUGCCCGGAAGCUGAUGCACAUGGCGGAUACCAUCGAGGAAGGCACAAUGCCUAAGGAGAUGUCUGACAUCAUUCAGCGCUUGUGGAAAGACUCGGGUAUCCAAGCUUGCUUUGAGCGAGCCUCCGAGUACCAGCUCAACGACUCUGCUGGCUACUAUCUUUCAGACCUAGAGCGCCUGGUGACUCCAGGAUAUGUGCCCACUGAGCAGGACGUGCUGCGUUCUCGUGUCAAAACCACUGGCAUCAUCGAGACGCAGUUCUCUUUCAAGGACCUCAACUUCAGAAUGUUCGAUGUGGGCGGGCAGCGUUCCGAGCGCAAAAAGUGGAUCCACUGCUUCGAAGGUGUGACGUGCAUCAUUUUCAUCGCGGCACUGAGCGCUUACGACAUGGUGCUGGUGGAGGACGACGAAGUGAAUCGGAUGCACGAGAGCCUGCACCUGUUCAACAGCAUCUGCAACCAUCGCUACUUCGCCACCACGUCCAUCGUGCUCUUCCUCAACAAGAAGGACGUUUUCUCCGAGAAGAUCAAAAAGGCACACCUCAGCAUCUGCUUUCCCGAUUACGAUGGACCUAACACUUACGAGGAUGCCGGCAACUACAUCAAAGUGCAGUUCCUCGAGCUUAACAUGCGGCGGGACGUGAAGGAGAUCUAUUCCCACAUGACGUGCGCCACGGACACACAGAACGUCAAGUUUGUCUUUGACGCUGUCACCGACAUUAUCAUCAAGGAGAACCUCAAAGACUGCGGGCUCUUCUGAGGUGGGGACCUAGCUAGCCAGACCUUCCACUGUCUUCCAACGUAAUCUCAGGACCUCAACCCUGCCCCUAGUUCCUCCAGGCGUUCACUGCUCCAGACUGCCCCCCCUGCUGCCCAGGCUUUCAGGCUCCACCCACUACCAGAGGCCCCACCCACUACUCUCAUUUAUUUUGCUGCUCAAGGAUGCUGAGGUUGCGUUCCCUUUUCUCUUCACAGAUACCUGUAUUCAAUUAUGUCCCUUGCUCCGAGACUCAGUAGCCCAGCUGCCCUGUAGUCCCCAAUAACUCCUGUGCCUCAACCUCCGCUCCACUAGCCACACCCAAGCCCCGAGGCUUAAAGUGCAGACCCUCCCCCAAUUCCCCAACCCCGCCCUGCCCUUCAACGCCUGGCUGCACUGGCCUCUUGGACCCACAGCAACUAGCCCCAACUAGGACAAGGCAGGACUUGGGACAGCUGGCGCUCACAGUGACUCAGCAGUGCCCAAGUGACCCGGUCUUCUGACGCCCUUCUGCCACCCCCACCAGCAGCAGCUCACCUGGCAGAUCUCGGUUCAGCAAACAGCCCUCCCUGCCCUCCCCAGCUUUCAUGAAGGGCUUGAGGUAUCCCUCCCUCAAGCAGUCCUGCUGCUUGCCAGCAGGUCAUUCCAGCCUGCUACCUGCAUUUGACAAGCCCAACAUCUGUCCACCCAGUGGUCAGUGACUGUCCCUCCCAGAAGCCCAAGGGAUCCAAAGUCCAAGCUCUGGUCUAAGUAGGCUCACAGAUAAAUUAGUGACUUUGAGGUAGGUACCAGGGAGAGACACAAGCCAAACCCAUCCCCAAGUACCAGUCUCAGGGCAUCUCCCCGUCCCUUUCUCUCUCUGGGUCUUCCCCUCUGUCCUUGGACACUUCUGGACCCCACCUCCUCCACCCACACACAAUACUGAGGGCUGGCUGAUCAAGGUGUGGUGUAUUGAAGGAGAGCACUAUUGACAUCAGCUCUGACCAAUAAUCAAGCUACGCUGAGGGGUGGCUGAGGGCAGAGUCCAACUCUAUCGAUCAACCAUGGGCAAAGAAUAUCCCAUGUGAGGUUCCAGUCGACUCCAUGUGACUCUGCUGUCCCUCCGGAUGUAGGGCCCCUUCCUGGAGAGAGUGAACUGAAAGUCAUGCCUGAGCCAUUAGAGACAAUGUCCCACACCCCCAGCCACUCCUUUCUUCAUCAAGCCGAAAGUCUUUACUUAAGCCUGUGGACCAGAGUCAGUGCUGCUGUUGUGGAGACACAGCGCUUCUGUCCAGCAAGGCUAGGGCGUCAUCUGUACUUUCCCUUGGCUAUGUUCACAGACUUAGCAAUAAACCUUUGCAAAGGG